GUGGGCUGAGUUGAACAGAAGAGAUUUAGGCAGCCCGAACCGACGAUGUUGUUUUUAACUGACAGCAGCACAAAGCGAACACUAACACUAACGUGAAACGCGUUGCGUUGUCGGAAAAUCACCCUCACCUGGUUUUUAAUGAGUGAGCUGAAACUUCUGUUUGAAUCAUGGAUAUUUAAGAUCACUGUGGAAGUCUCUAGGUGAUGGCCGGUUCAGAACCUGUUAGGGCAGAGGGAGAGACUAUGGCUGUGGAUGCUGCCCCAAGGAAGCCCCGGAUUCUACUUGCUGCGAGUGGGAGUGUUGCUGCUGUCAAAUUUGCAAAUCUUUGUCACUGUUUCUCUGAAUGGGCAGAUGUAAGAGCAGUUUCCACAAGUGCAUCUUUGCAUUUCAUUGAUAGAGCAGCAAUGCCCAAGGAUGUAAUUCUAUACACGGAUGACAAUGAAUGGUCUAGUUGGAAGAAAUUAGGUGAUAGCGUGCUUCACAUUGAGCUUCGCAAAUGGGCUGAUAUCAUGGUCAUCGCUCCAUUAUCAGCAAACACCCUUGGCAAGAUUGCUGGAGGGUUGUGUGACAAUCUACUGACAUGCAUCGUUCGAGCCUGGGACUACAGCAAGCCAUUCUUUGUUGCACCAGCCAUGAACACUUUUAUGUGGAACAAUCCUUUCACAGAGCGGCAUCUCAUCUCCAUUGAUGAGCUUGGCAUUUCUCUCAUCCCGCCUGUUACAAAGAGGUUAGCUUGUGGGGACUAUGGCAAUGGUGCCAUGGCUGAACCCUCUACCAUUUACUCAACUGUAAGGCUCUUCUAUGAGUCUAAGGCUCAGCAAGGUAAUGGUGAUAUCUGACAAUGUUGACAAUCAGAAACAAGUAUGAAUGGUGUGCUAGGACUUGUCUUGAUCCCUUGUUUUAUUGUAUUUGUAUUUCUCUUACAUCUAGUCUGAUAAUAGGUGGCAUGUUUUAUUUAGGACAAAAUUUAGAUGCAGUUGCUUAGGUGCUUUUGGUGCUGUGCUCUAAUUAGAAAUGAAGUUUCUCCUUUGUAAUUUGCAAAAUAAAGGUUUGUAUUAAUACUUAUAUCAGCAUAGUUUAAAACUCCAAUUAUAAUUGGAGAACACCACCAAAAACACCUGAAAAACUGCAUCUAGAUUUUUUUCCUGAUAUUUAUUGUAGAGGGAAUGUGCUGCAGACUCCUUUAUGCCUCGUAGAGUGAUGCUUGUAUACUUUCAUUAGUCACCGGACUAGUUGGUGUAGGAUCUUAUACACCCUUGGAUAUGUGCCCAUGUAGCAUCAUUUCAUGUGCAAUUUUAGAAACACUAAAUUGUUUCGCCAUUUGUAGAAUGACCUUAAAAAUACUUGAAAAGCAUGAUUCGAAUGAGGAUACGGCAUUUUACAAAA